AUCAAACGGAGGUUUGCGGCUCCCCCUCGAGCACCGGCCCUUGCUCUCCGUGAGCGGCGACUGCCGACUAGUAAACCCCGUCAAUUUUGUAGCUGUGUGAGACUAGAGGAGGCGUUGAAACAUCUGGCGAAGAUGAAAAUUUGACAAAAUGGUUCGUCAGAAACCCUAAAGAGCCCAGCUACAAGAUCAGAAGCUAAAUGAGUUCAAAAAUUCCUUUCUUAAUCAAGUCUAUUGGAUUCCAUAAUGUCUUCCGACCGAGUCCACUCUUCAGUUUCCUUUCCACCUGCAAGCAACAACAGAAUCUCAGAGGAAGAAUCACCGCGAAAAACAUGAGCCAUUGUUAUAUUUCAUCUACAGUUGAAGCCUCAGACCUAGAAGAUGAUAAACUUCAUGAUGAUAUUAAAGCUGCAGAAAAGCAUACAGCUCUUCAUUCAGCCCUAUCAGAACUUGCAGGUGAUUUUGAUGGGGAGUCUAUGUUGUUCUUGCAGCGAUUUUUUCGCACAAGAGUGAAACCUGUAGUAUCCACAGGCUCCUUGAAGCUUGAUCUUGCUCUUGGAAUUGGAGGAUUACCAAAGGGAAGAAUUGUUGAGGUUUAUGGGCAAGAGGGAUCAGGCAAGACAACACUUGCUUUGAAUGUAAUCAAGGAAGCUCAAAAGCUUGGAGGUUAUUGUGCUUACUUGGAUGUGGAGAAUGCACCGGACCCACUGCUGCUUGAAACAGUUGGUGUAAAUACCAAAAAUCUUCUCAUCUCACAGCCAAAUUCUGCUGAAAAUUUGCUGAGUAUUGUUGACACUCUCACACAGAGUGGAGCAGUUGAUGUGAUUGUUAUCGACAGUGUUGCUGCACUCAUCCCACAACGUGAAAUUACAGGUGUAAUAAGUGACAAUAUCAUUGAGACACAAUCACGAAUAAUGACACGAGCACUCCGCAAGAUUCAUUAUUCUUUAUGUCGUUCAGAUACUCUUAUUAUAUUUAUAAAUCAGGUGAGAUCAAAUUUGAGAUCACACCAAGAGGGACUUAGAGUAAAUGAGGUGACAUGUGGUGGAAACGCCUUGCCAUUUUAUUCAGCUGUACGGAUGAGAAUUGCUAGAAAAGGAUUGCUCAAGACACAGGAAAAGGUUACUGGUCUUGGUAUAUGUGUGGAGGUGGUAAAGAAUAAGCUAGCACCUGCUAUGAAAAAGGCAGAGCUGGAGAUUGAGUUUGGAAGAGGCAUAUCUCGUGCAUCUGAGGUGCUACAAUUGGGUUGUGAACAUGGGGUUGUGUUAAAAGAAGGAAAUAGCUACUUCAUAGAGGGAGAAGUUGUCAAUGGUAAGAUGCAAGCUGAAGCUUAUUUGAUUCAGAAUACAAUAAUUUGUGAUAAGUUGGUAAAGACUCUAAGAAGACACUUGUUUCGUAUUGAACAAGAUUCUGAAUCAUGAUACAAAUACUUCCGAAAGAUUGAGGACAGAAUAAGUUGCAAUUUGUUUGACAUGCAUUGGAUUAGGAUUCUGGUUUAGAGUACUGUAUAUUCCGGGAACAUUUCAGUCAUUUAGUUAUUGUUGGCAAACUACU